AUGAUGAAAUGUACAUAUAUUUACUUCUUCACAUUUUACAUUUUUACAUUAGUAAUAUGUGAUAAAGAGACUUAUAUUACAUUAAAUGAAUAUGAAAAAAAAAAUAAUUUUAGCGUUCGUGUAUUGAAAGAAUCUUCUCUCAAUUGUGGCUUAGAAAUGGAUGACGAAGCAGAAAUAGAAAUGAGAACAUUUUGCGUCAAUAUUAUGCCUCAUAUAUUAUCAGAUUAUCAAUUCGGAAAUGCGAAACAGAAAUUUAAGGUUGGAGAUCAUAAUAUUGCUCCUUUGAAUAAAGGUUUAAGAGGAAUGUGUAUUGGUGAAUUGAGGCGCAUUGGUAUAAGUAUUGGUAAUAUUGGGAAAAUUUAUUAUGAAAUAACGUUAAUAAAUUAUACGAAAAAAUAUGUCCCACAAAAUACAGAACUAUAA